GGGAGGGAGUCAGCUGAUACGAAGCGAGUGAAUGAAGUGACGUGGGAUCCGUGGGAACCGUGGGACGGACACUACUAUCUUACCGAUCUUACCGAUCUUACUGAUCUUACCAUUCAUUGACUUAUGAAUUGAACAGCACCCAAACAUUCGUUGCUUCAAUUAUUAGUCAUCCAUCGUACUCAGAGAUCAAGUUGGAGCCGGAAGACUCCGGACAACGGCGACAUGACCUUCUACCAUUUUGGCAAUUGCUUGGCCUUGGCUUAUCUACCUUAUUAUUUCACCUACAAGUUCUCCGGGUUGUCUGAAUAUGGCGCCUUCUGGAAGUGCGUGACGGCGGGCAUGCUCUAUUUGAUGACUCAAAUGGGCAAGAUGCUCUUCCUGGCCACCUUUUAUCCCGUGGCCGAAGAGGGCGACGAAUUCAAAGAUGUGGAGGCCCCUUUUGAGUUUUUCAGUGGGUUCAUGAAAGCCACUGUGGAUUUGGUGGACAUAGUGGGACUGUAUUUGGUGAUCCAACGCAUCGGUGGCAAAGGACAAGUGAAGGUCUUAGCCUCAGGCUUGGGCUGGGCCUUUGCCGAAUUGCUGCUUACCCGGAUCAUCUUUCUGUGGGUGGGCGCACGUGGCAUAGAGUUCGAUUGGAAGUACAUCCAAAACAGCAUCGAUUCCAAUAUCAGCCUCGUUCAUUAUCUCACAUUGGCGUGUCUCGUGUGGCUGGCGGUUCGACGGGAUGCCAAUCCAGCGCUCAAUCCCGUGUUAGCCAUUCUCAUAGGCAUGUCCACUUACAAGACCUUGCUCUUGGAUUCGUUCAUUCACAUGUUUGGUAUCGGUGUGUGGACGGCCUUAUUAUACAAGGCCUUAAUUUCCAUGGCUCUGGGUCUGGUCUCGUUGCAAUUGUUUGUGGUUUCCACCAUCAAUGACAAAUACUAGUUGGAAUUUUGGCUUAUGGUUUUGUUUUUCACUCAGUUAAUCAGUACUGAUCUCAAGAAUAAAUUUGAAGAAAUGAGUCAA